CGCCCCCACAAUAACAAAACAAGAUCCCAAGAGAUAAAAGAUGAUGAAAGGUCAUUUGAAACUCAAUUUUUAAAAGAGAGAUCUUUCAUACUAGUACUGUUGUUGCAUACAAGCAAUGAGUACUCAAACGAUAAUGAGGUGCCUUGGACUAGAUGCGAAGGUAUUGACAGGUGUCUUCAUCCGUGUUGUCCACUUGUGUCUCACUGUUGGUGUUACAUGUGUCCUCAUCUUCAUGGAUACAGAAUUAAAGGAUGCAAUCAAUGAUAGGAACAUAUUCCUUAUCUCAGCAUUUACUGCACUCGUCACAGUGUCUGGCUCACUCUACUUUGCUGCUAGCCUUAUGGAUCCAGGCUAUGUUCCAAAGGGUAAAGAAAAGAGACAAGCAACAUUUACGGUUAGCCUGAGCUCUACAGAUGACUCAGAUGAGGGAGACGAAGAGUGUAACAUUGAAUCAGAAGCGGCCAUGAUGCUUGGAAAGCUGCGCCGAAGGAAGUGUGACUCUUGCUGUGUUGAGCAACCAGUGCGUUCUAAGCAUUGCUCUGAGUGUCGCCGGUGUGUACGUAAGUUUGAUCAUCAUUGCCCGUGGCUGGAAAACUGUGUUGGGGAACGAAAUCAUAAAUUCUUUUGGCUGUUUCUCCUUUGCGAAAUGGUGUUAAUUCUAUGGACAAUUAAGAUAACAUGGAGUGGAUUUAAAAGUGAACCUUCUGCUGAGAAAUGGUUUAAAACAAAUGCCCUAAUUCUCAUCGCUUUUAUGAUACUCCUUCUAUCUGGAUUUGUUGUCGUGAGUUUACUCUGCUGUCACACGUUCAUGAUGUUCACAAACCAAACAACUUGGGAAUUCAUGGCACGUCAUAGGAUUACGUACCUGAAGAACGUUGAGGAGAAUGUGAACCCAUUCGACGAGGGCUACAUAAGGAACUGCAUCAAAUUCCUUUGCUCAUGUGCGUACAGACCGUGGGAACUUGCUCUAGGGAAACAUUAUGAGCUUCAAAAAGUAUAGCAUAUCUUUCUGCCAAGACCUGCCUCUAAGAUAUUGUUGGUAAGCGCCUUGAGACAGUUUUUAUUGUAGCAGAUGUUAUAAAAUUGCUUGACCAUUGACCAUUGUUCCUCAAGCUUGAGCUAUUUGUGAGACAGCACUUGUGUUUGUGAGAGAAGCGGGUAUUCCUGUCUCUGUUCUGAUUGGUUAGUUGGUAAGGUUGUUUGACACUACAGAAUGGUCCACUGGAUCUAAUGAUGUCACAAAAAUCAUUAUCUUGGGUAUAAAACAGUAACAAAUCGUUAAUACUAUAGAAAACGGAACAUUUUGAAUAUAGUCUACUGUAUAUUUAAAUUGUAUUAAAGCUUCUGAGCAGAUACAUUUUAUUUAUUUAUGGUUGAUUCUUAAAAUUGAAGAAAGAGCUGACUAAUUUCAUUCUGUUGAUAAAGAGCUUUACAUGCAGUAUAUAAGGUUAUAUUUAUAUGUAUAGACCAUGGGAACUUGUUUUAGGGGAAAAAAAUUGAGAAAUGUGUAGCAUUUUCUCACUUGUACAUUCCAAAAAUGUGAACAAAAUAGUAGGUUUUUAUAAGGAAAUAUAUUACAUAUACGUUCAUGUGUGUGGAAGCUAACAAAAAAACCUUCAGAAACUUAUGUUUAAAUCAACUAGUUAUUAUAUUUCUAUUAUUAUAUUAAUGUUACAUUUCUAUAGCAAGUAUUUAUUAAUGUGCCUAUUAUAAACCUGGAAAUGCACUGAUAUUUGUGUCUGUUAAACUUACCAAAUGUUUGAUCAGACAGUUUAUGAUUGACUUGGAUCACUGUGUCUUUCUAAGUCUGAUAGAAGUCAACAAUACUAGAUGAUGUUUUUGCCCUACCUGAUGUGUUUGCCCUACCUGAUGUGUUAUUGUACUUAAUGCUCAGUAUUUUACCAAGUAAGUGCAAACAAAUAUGAUAAAUAAUGUAAGCCUAUGUUGAAUCUGACAGACUUUAAAGAUCUGGUUUUCAUCUUCUCGAAAUCCUAUUAUUAUAACUACACUACUACUUCUUCUAAUCUCUGCAACUUUAAAUCGCAAAUUAAGACCAUGUUGUUCUCCGAGGGUAUCACACUUGCAUAGUGCGCCUUUGAUCUUUUUUGGAAUUGGCGCCUUAUAAAUUCCUGAUAUUAUUAUUAUUAUUGUUGUAUAUGCUAAGCUUAGCAUCGUGUGCAAUACUGUACUGUAAUACCAGUUGCUAAACAUUCAUAGGAUUUUUUAUUUUAUUUUGAUGACAGAAAAUGAUACCUAAUUUGUGAAUGAGCAGAAAGUGUGAUCUAAUGAAAUAAAAUAAGUUGGUUAAACUUUCUUCAGCAAAGAAG